AUGGCGACAUGCGCCGCACCCGCACCCGCACCCGCAGCAGCGGCGGCGGCGGGAGCGGGCACGCGGUCUUCCCGCCGCAGUGCUCCCACCAGGACCAGUCCCAUUCCCGCUGCGUCUCCGGGUCCGGUAUCGUGCCAGCUCUGCAGCGCCCGGUGGCCCGAGUUGCCGUCCCUCCGCUCUACGAACCCGUCGCCGCCAUCGCCCGUGCCGUCAUCCCAGCCGUUCUUCCGGCCCCUGGAGCCGCGCGUGUUCGACGACGACGACCCAGUGGACCGGACGCCACGGGCGCUUCGUGAUGAUCAGCACCGCGGUGCAAGCGCGGACGGAGGAGCGGUUGCGCUCACUACGCACUGCGAGUGCUCGGCUCUCGCGAGGGACGCGUCAACCGAUGACUUCGCCGUGCUCGUGCACGCCAGGGCACCGGGGAUGGCCGGGGCUGUAGGCGCGGCGGCGCCGGCGCGCGCGCCGCAGGACCUGGUGACCGUGCUCGACGUCAGCGGUAGCAUGGUGGGGACCAAGCUAGAGCUGCUCAAGCAGGCCAUGGGGUUCGUCAUCGACAACCUCGAGCCCCGGGACCGCCUCUGCGUCGUGUCCUUCUCCUCCGGCGCGAACCGGCUCAUGCGGCUCGCGCGCAUGUCGGACGCCGGGAAAAACCUGGCGAGGCGCGCAGUGCAGUCGCUCGCCGCGGGCGGCGGCACCAACAUCGGCGAGGCGCUCCGCAGGGCCGCCAAGGUGUUCGACGAGAGAAUGCACCGGAACACCGUCGCCAGCGUCGUGCUCCUCUCCGACGGGCAGGACACGUACACCGUGCCGAGGCGCGGGCGCUACGGCGGCCGCGACGCCAACUACGACGCGCUCGUGCCGCCUUCCUUCGCCUACACCGGCGCUGGCGGCCGGUACGCGCCGGUCCACACCUUCGGCUUCGGGACGGACCACGACGCGGCGGCGAUGCACACCAUCGCCGAGGCCACGGGCGGGACUUUCUCCUUCAUCGAGGACGAAGCCAUGCAGGACGCGUUCGCGCAGUGCAUCGGCGGGCUCCUCUCGGUCACCGUACAGGAGCUGCGCCUCGACAUCGCGUGCGUGCACCCGGGCGUGCGCCUCCGCGCGGUCAAGUCCGGCAGCUACGGAAGCCACAUCGACGCGGACGGCCGCUCCGCGUCCGUCGACGUCGGCGAGCUCUAUGCGGACGAGGAGAGGCGCUUCUUGCUCUUCCUGCACGUGCCGAGGGCCCGACCCGCGGACGACGACGACGACGACACGCACCUUGUCAGAGUGGCCUGCGCUUAUCGUGACACGGCGACUGGACGGGGCAAGAACGUUGCAGGCGAGGAGGACGCGAAAGUGCGGAGGCCCUGGGGCCCGGUGACCUCGGAGCGCUCCGUGGAGGUCGAGCGCGAGCGUGUCCGGGUUGAGGCGACGGACGGCAUCGCGGCGGCCCGAUAUAUCGCUAAGGAAGCUUAUACCUGUAGAUAUGAUUGUCCCAAAUAUAAUUGA